AUGAUGAUUCACAUCGUGAAGUUAAAGCAUCAUUUUUUUAAAGCUAGUUCAUCACUUUCAAAAAUAUCAGAUACUGAAAAUGAUCAUUAUGAAAAUGUUAUUUUAAAUGAAGAAUUAAAAAAUAAUAGAUUUCAUGCUGGUUUUAUUUUACAUCUUGGUACUGUUACACAUUAUAGUAUUCAUGUAGGUUUAUCUUUUGAAGAUAAUAAUGGACAGCGAUGGACAAAUCUUACUGAAAAUACAAUUUGUAUUAAACUUAAUAAUCGACGACAAAGUCUAUCGACAGUUGCUGCUCGUUCUAGUCUUCAACAAAUACGUUCAACUGGUGCAACCAAUUAA